AUGGCACAGAUCGCCGUUCGGAAUGGAAUGCAGGCGGUCGGAGAGGGACUCACGAGUCUCGUGAUCGUCGGAAAGCGCAGUGCCCUUCAGGCAGUCGCUUUCGACGCAAAACUGCAAAAAGUCGUCGGGAAAUUCGUGGAAGGUUCGCGUUUUUCGUAAAGAUUUGAUUUUAUUGAAUGAAUUCACGUAAAAGUGAAGAAGAAAGCGCAUUUUCGUGAAGAAAAUCAUAAAAAUGAUUCGGGAAAAUCGAAAAAAAAACAGUGAGAGCUUUCUUGCAGACAGUGCGACGUGGAGCAACCUCCAAUCACGGAUCCCCUCAUCGGGACGUCUUCCGUUGCACUACGACCUGGCGCACGUCAUCUCGGUCUCCGACUCAGCUUCCCGCCACAACACCCCCUCCAAUGCGCAUGCGCUCUACCGCGACUUCAAAUCGGUCACUUUUCCGGAAGACGUCAAAAAUGUGCACAUUGUCCUCUUCGCCGACUACUCGGACGUUUUGCCGCAAGUCUCGGCGAUCGCGCGCACGUUUUUCAAGUUUUCGAUGAAAACGACGGGGCUCCGCGAGCUCGCCGUCAACAUCGACGUCGUUUGUCCGAAGGUACGGCUGAUUCAUUGAUCUUUCUCCGCUUAUCGCAAAAUGACAGGCAGCAGACACCAUGUGCGCUAUCUGCAAAAAUGUAGAAAUGGAAGUGUUUGGGCGAUUACAUCAUUCCCCUGGAGACGGUUUGAGAGAGAGCUUCACGACAGUUUCUAGUGAUAACGGCCGGAAUUCUUUGAGAAAAAAUGGGGAAGAAGUGGGGUGACGCUAGGAAGAGGAAAUUCCGGGCCGGGCGGUUGCAAGUCUGCAUAGUUUUUUUUAUCAAUCACUUACAAUUGGCACAGGUAUCCAAACAGUUGGGGGCGAAGGGAACCACAGGUCCCCAUUCCAUGCAACACUUCAUUUGGUACCACGAGACGGGACCACCCCCGUCCCAUGCCGUUCGGAUACCUGCAAUUAUCAGGCUUAGAGUGUGUUCAGUGAAAAUGGUUGAUUAGAGCUGGCUCAAAAGUAGUUUGAAAGUUUGAAGUACAAUUUCCCAUUUCCAGCUGACGAAUGAAGAUGCACAAUACCUGGGCGAUUUGUGCGAAUCGAUCCGCGAGACUGCCCGUCUGGUGGACACGCCCGCCAACAUUUUGACGACCGACGCCCUACUCGAGGAGGCGCUCAGAGUGGGACGGGCGGUCGGAGCCAAGACGACCGUCAUCCGCGGCGAGGAACUUUUGAAGGCCGGCUUCGGAGGCAUCUAUCACGUCGGAAAAGCCGGUCCCACCCCGCCGUCUUUUGUGGUUCUCUCGCACGAGGUGCCCGGAUCGGAAGAGAACAUCGCACUGGUCGGAAAGGGAGUCGUUUACGAUACGGGCGGCAUGCAGAUCAAGGGAAAGACCGGAAUGCCCAGUGAGCAAAAUUUUGGUUUUGCUUCAAUUAUUGAAUUUGUAAUAUUCAGACAUGAAAAGAGACAUGGGCGGUGCGGCAGGAAUGCUCGAAACGUUUGGAGCGCUCGUAAAGAACGGAUUCGGACAGACGCUCCACGCGUGUCUUUGCAUUGUCGAAAAUCACGUCAGCCCGAUUGCCAAGUACGUUUCAACGGGUUUUUUUUUCAGUUAAUCUCCAGAAAUCGAAUAUAGACUUCUCUGUUGCUUUAGAUAAAAGUUCGAUUGUAUUAUGUUCUUCGAAAUGAGCCAGUAAAUGUAAGGUUUCUGUGGGAAAUUGUAGCAUCGGUGGAAAUUGUGAACCUGUAACUUUUUACAGAAACCUUUAGUUUGAAGAACAGGACACAAUUGAACUUUUAUCAGAAAACAGAUAUCUCUAUGUUCUACUUCUGGAGAUAAAUUGAUAAAAGCGCUCGUCGCAUGUGGUGGUCAAUUACUAUUGUUUUCCAGCAAACCAGACGACGUGAUCCGAAUGCUGAGCGGAAAAACGGUAGAGAUCAACAAUACGGACGCGGAGGGCCGUCUGAUUCUGGCGGACGGAGUGUACUACGCGAAAGAGACACUGAAGGCGAGCACGAUCAUCGACAUGGCCACGUUGACGGGCGCGCAGGCGUAUCUCUCGGGCCGUCUACACGCGGCCGCAAUGACGAACGACGAGCAGCUCGAGCAGCAGAUCAUCCGCGCAGGAAGACAGUCCGGAGACCUCGUCGCGCCAAUGCUCUUCGCGCCCGAUCUGUUCUUUUCCGAUCUGAAGUCGCCGAUCGCUGAUAUGCGCAAUUCAAACCUCGGCAAAAUGGAAGGACCCCCGUCGGCGAUCGCAGGACUCUUCAUCGGAGCGCACAUUGGCUUCGGAGACGGUGUCCGCUGGCUUCAUCUGGAUAUUGCGGCUCCGGCGGAAAGUGGAGAUCGGGCCACUGGAUACGGUCCCGCCCUCUUCUCGGCUCUGUUCGGAAGGUACACAAAGAUCCCGAUUCUUCAGCAAUAUCAACAGUGA